UUCCUUCGAGAAAGCUACUCGAGUACGACAAUUUUAAAAAAUAUGCGUAUUUUCGUCCCGUCGCUGCGUCGAAAGGAGUGAAGGUUGAAGAUUCGAGUGCUCUUUUCGUCGGCGAUGGUCAAUUUUCGAUAAUAGGCUGUAAGCUGGAAAUUGUCCUUGAGAUUUCUGUUCAUCGUUAUGCGAAGUAACUCAAUGACCGUCUCCUUGACUCGACGCGAAUUAUAACUGAGAUCAAAUACGAUUUUGUAUCACGUAUAGAUUCGUUUCGCCGGGUUGAUUUCCUUGAUCGAGGCUGUGACAAUUAAUCAAACUCCAAUUUUCAACUUUGACCGAUUCCAAUAUUGUAUAAGCCUUCGAGGAAAGUCUUGACGUUCACUUGACAAAUCCCUUUUGUCGUGAACUCUGACGAAGGUUCAUUGCUGGGCGAGUUUCGAGCAGGAUUAUAACACCGUGCGGAGGGCAAUUAAUUCGGGAUAAUCGUAAACGAAAGAAGAAGGUGGAAGAGAAAUAAGAACCUGUUAAAACACUCUCGAGGUGUAAAUAAGCUCAGGAUACAGCUCCAGGCUCGUCGAGAGUACAUAGACGUACAUAUACAUAUAUACAUAGGUAUGUACACGGGAGAUUAAAGAGUAGAAGCGGGUCGAAAGUUGGGGAAAAGUUUACAGUGAAAGUACCGAGCAUGCGGGAAUCCGCGUCAAGCGAUGACCGGCUCGCUGCCGAAGGACACGUUUAGAGCCGUUUAAAGUUAUAACCGACGGAAUAAAAAAAGCUGCGAGGCUAGAGCUUACCGCUAUUUUCCGUGGGUCCCAAAAGAGUGAAAAGUGACCGUGCCUCUUUCCGCGUAAAACAGGAUGAAAAAAUGAUGUGCUUUAAAUGCGGGGGUUCGAUUAGUUCGGAACUGGGUUAAAAACUGUGGUAAAAAGGAGAGAAAAAUUUCAAACGAAAAAUCCCGCCAGUCCGAGAAGCUUGCAAUUUCGAAUAAGGGAUGGAAAAAAACGUGGCUAUUUUACCUGACACCUAGAACGGGUCCUGAGGGAUCUCGACGCUGCAGGAAGCUGGAAGACGGACUCUUGUAGGAAAAAGGGAGACGAGGCCAAGGAGGAAUCCGGAGAUGUGCUGCUCCGGCGAAGGGCCCGCUGGCUCUGGAGGGUCAAACAUGACCCGAUGCGGCGUCGUUUGCGGCCUGGCUGCCCUCGCCGCCCUGACAACGGCGCUCCUUGGACCGGCUUGGCUCCACACCGAGGAACGUCUCUUCGUUCCGAAUUUACCCCAGACCUUUGCAGCCUCCGUAACGGUCCGAUUCAAGCUCGGUCUCUUCAGAGCUUGCCCGAGUAUCGUCAAGCCCGCGAAUUUGACCGCCGAUAUAAAAACGCCGCCGUGCAGCAACAUCAGAUACAACAGCACCGAUGACGUUAAAUCGCCAGAGCUGGGCUUCGGUCACUUGGACUUUGCGCCGACGGUAGUUUCUAGAAUAAGGAUAUCAGCGCCGUUCCAGGUUGUCGCAGUGGCCCUGAUCCUCGCCGGUACCAUUUCCGCCCUAAUUGGUCACUGCUACUCUGAUUACAGGACCCUGAUUGCCUGCGGCCUGUUUCUUCUCGGCGGACUCUCCCUGGGCGGCGGCCUCUUCGUCCUGGCCUCCGCUCUCUCGGAUGCCUCCCUCGAGCUGCCCCGGAAGUACAACGUCUUUCCCUCGACCUCCAGGUCGCAGUUCGACGAGAACGGUCUUCCGCAAUACCAGUACGGCUGGUGCCUCCAGCUUUCCGGCCUCGCCCUGAUCCUCGCCGAAGUUGCCGCGCUGCUCACGGUGUCGGGUUACAUGGCCCGUUUUCCCACCGUCGAGGACAUGGUGCGGGUCAUGGUGCCGGGGGCCGAACGAAAGCUUCGGGAACAGCGAGGCCUCAGCUCCGAGUACCUCGUUAGAGCUCACCAAAAGUCUCCGGGACCACCGCAGAGUCGCGGAUUUCACCAGGCAACAAAAGGCCCCCAACGUCUGCCGGAAGAGGGUACUUCGCUGCUGUGCAAAACGGCCCCGGACAUAUGCGCGUCAAAUCCGCAGGCGAUAAGUUACGUGGACAAAACGGACCUGUCGAACAUGUUGCCGGCGUACGGCGACAGCAACAAAGGCGUCGAUCCGCGUUUCACGUUCGUCGACAAGCCAGAACAGAGCAUAAUCGACUCUCGACUGAGCGGAUUCGCCGAUAAAGAGAGUCUCAUGGACUCGAGAAUACUCUCGGGCUCGAGGCAGAACAUGAUCGCGUUUACCGACGGCAAGGAUCACGCCGUCGGCGCCGAGCCAAGGUACACGGAAUUUUCCGGCCGCGGUGAACAGAGCGUGGUCGAUUCGAGACUCAGCGGUUUCGCCGACAAGGAAGGCCUCCUGGACUCGAGACUCGGCGGGUACGCGGAAAAGGGCGAGUCCCUCCUGGACACCUCCUUCGGGUUCGACACCCAGUACAACAGCCUGGCCGGACAGACGGUGCCCAUAACACUGAAGCACCACCAGAACACGACGGUAUCGGCGAUCCAGUCGCAGUUCAUAUACCAGAACUUCGGGACCAUCCACUCCGGCAUCCUCGGUGUCUCGGAGCCGGGGACCAGCUCGAGUUCGAACUCGAGUCAGCGGAGCAUGACGCUCCAGAACCCGAAGAGGAAGUCCCAGAUCGCCCAGAACACGUUCAGCACCCUGGAGUGCGAGAAGCGGAAGCGUGGUCCCGGGGUGACCGGGAAGGGCGGCUACCACGCCGGAAGUGCCGUAUGACCGCCGCCGCCUCCCUCGACGCCCAGGUAACUCCGCGAGGACGAAACGCCGCUCUAGCUUUUCCGUUUUCGAAGAGGGAUGACGGAGGGCGGUUCGCCUCGGAUCGAGAAUUUGCGGAUGACGGAGGGGGUCGAAGGUCGGAAUUACUAGCGGCACGGCAUUGCGCUCGACAAUCGCUUACUUCGCUUGGUUGCGUGAGCAGGGAUCGUUACGAUCCGGCGAUCCGCGCGCUGCGACACGUUGGAAUUGCGACGAUAGCUACUUCAUCACCGAGGACGUAUCGCUGUACGAUUUGCGUCGUACCGGAGUAGGUACUCGUAAGAAGGUCGAUUCUGUUCGACCCAUGUGAUAAUUUGAGUAUAACGAGUCGAAAAACUCGCGGCUAGAUACCUUGUGUAAUUUACCUAUUCGUAUAUUCGGUUUACGUCCGGCGGGUUUACAUUAAACAUAGGUAUACAGUGUUUAAGGAAUGGCUACAGGUUAAGUGUACAUACGUUAUAACAUACUUGCAUAGUUGUACUGCGUUCGGAUUAAGGAGAGAAAAGAUGAGGUAAUAAUCAAAUCCUACUUACGGAGCAUGGUGCAGGAAAUGAAUAUAAGGGUAGUCGCUAACUCUCUAGAAUUAAGAUCGUAAGUCCUAUAGCGAGGCGAGAAUAGAUUAAAAAAAAAAGAAGCUAAAAAUAUAUAAAUGAAAAUUUACAGAUAAAUUCUAAUAAAA